AUGCACAAUGGAGGCAUUGUUUUUUCCCAGGGAGAUCUUUGGAAAGAACAACGACGUGUAUCACUCCACAUACUUCGCGAUUUUGGAAUGGGGAAAAGCGGAAUGGAGGAACAGGUUUCUCUUUCUGCACAAGAAUUUCUCAAUCAUAUGAAGAGCAUCAAAAACAAGGACGAAGUUGAUCUACGAAGACCUUUACAGGUUUUUGUCGCAAACGUCAUCAACAGGACGUUAUUUGGAUAUGGGUACAGCUACGAUAACGCCGAUCGCCUUAUGAGGGUUGCGGAUACUUUAGCCAUAUUAUUCGACGAGGCGAGGAGCAGCAAAGUGGUAUUUCUCGCUCAACUCAUGCCUUCUAUACUUGCGAUUCCAGUGCUGCGCAAUAUUCUCAUCGGAAGGUUGGAGAAACUUAUGGCAGAAGUAAGAUCUACUUGCAUUUACUAA